AUGAUGACUCGUAGACAUUCAAUAUCUCCAUCAUCAUUAUCAAACAUUCGUAGUACUACUAUCUCUAAAUCGGUUUCUAUUACAUCAGCAAAAACAUCUUCACGUAAUCCGUACAACAUGUCUUAUCUACUCAAACGUAUGCGAGAUGAACAAAACUCAAAAAUUAUGAUUGAAUCGCCUUCCCAUACUAUUCGACAGCAAUUAAUACCUCAUGAAUUUAUAAAUCCUGAACACAAAUCAUUACUUAACAAUACUAUUGUAUUGAAAGAUAUUGACAAACAACAACAACAACAAACACUUAUUAAUACAUCGAUCCAUAAACCUAACAAACUAUCACGAUUCCAUUUUGAUCGAUUGAAACAGACGAAACAUAUUCAUAUCUUGGAUCCAAUAAACAAACAAUCCUAUAAAAAAGGUCAAAAAGCAUUUAAAAGAUUUUUCAGACAAGACGAUGAUGAAAGACAACAAUUUAAUAAUGCUGCUUAUUGUAUUGCCUAUUGUACAAUAAUUAUUAUCGAAAAAAUAAAAGGUAUAACAAUGGGUGGUUGGAUUGGCGGUCUUUUCGAACUAAUUUCUAGUGAUCACAAUGGUUGUGAUAAUGAACAUCGUGGUCAUUUUACAUGUCAAGCUAAAUAUGCAACUUUAAAUAUUACUACUCAUUGUAUUAAUAUAUUUUAUAAAAAUUCAAUUCUGUAUAAUUCUCCAUUUAUUUGUCUAUGUCGUUUUCUUAAUUAUUCUCAAGGAAAAUAUCGUGAUUGUGAAUUUCUUCAUGCAAACAUACAAUAUAUUUAA